AUGGAACCAAUCGUCUUUGCUGAAGUAUUGCCUAAUGUUCGGUCUAUGACCAUGAACGUUGGAUUACCUACGGAAAAAAAAAGUUCGUCUCUCAAGCUCGGAAUAUAUCCCUUAAGAAUUAGUAUAGAGCAUAAAAAUAAAUCAACUGCACAAAGUCUGCAGACUAUAUUAAACCUUUCACAAACUAUUGAAACUGAUGAUAAACCAGUUAUUAUUACUUCACAGGAUAGCUUAGAUAUCAGAUUAAAAUUGAGAAGUUAUGUUCGUAAGAAACCAGCAAACCAGCCGAGUGUCAAGGAUAUACUUCCGCCCUUUUCAGCAAGUGAACUAACAAAGCUUAAAAACAUCCAAUGUGUUUAUUGUAAGAUACCAUUACUUAAGACGAACACGCUUUCUAAAAUAAUGAAUAUGCCUUCAGAACAUUGGCUGGAAUUAGUAGAUUGUUGGAUGUGUCAUCAAGAAGAUUAUCAACAAGCACGAAUGGGUGACAUAAUUGUUAGAGAAAAUAUUGGGUUGGUUGGCAAUACAUAUUUCUUGAUUCAUCCUAAAGAUGUUAAAAGUGAUGCUGUUGAAAUCGAAGAAAGAUUGGCACAAGUGGAUUGGUCCAAAGGUCUUUCAAAAAAAUGGAGGCCACUAAAUUGUACUAGAUGUUUGUGUCCUAUCGGAGAAGGAUUAUAUCAAAGGACCAAAAAGACGGAGGAAGAGAAUGACGCGUCAGAAUUAUCUUUACUAGCAAUUAAGUUUAGUAAACAGGCAGUUUUUGUUGAGUUAGAAAGUGAUACUAAUGAAUCAAUUACACAGAGAUAUCCUUUUAGCGCAUUUAUAGCUGCCGACCUUUUUGAGGCGGCAAAAGCGCAUGCUACUUAUCGCUUUAUAAUUGGACAAAAUUCGAAUCAAACUUACGCUUUAAUUUGGUUAUUCGGUUGGGACACAAAGGUCAUAACGAAUGCUUUGCAAGACGAAAUACAAUGUUGUAAAUUCUCUCCAAGUGUAGUGAAAUUUUGUAUCGCUGUUAAAAACGAUUUAAAACCUUAUAAUGUUAUUAAAUUAUUGUACAUAGAUUGCACAUCCCAAAGUAAUGACAAAUCUUCUGGCCUUCUUGAGCAAUGGCAAAAAGAUAAAACCGUUGAACACCUUGUGUACCAUAACGAUAUUUGCUUACAAAUAUUACUAAUGCUGAAAAUAAGCACUUGUUGUUUACCAUUUAGUAAAAGAAUUAUGAAUGGUUUUUCCGUUGGAUUUAUUGAUAUACAUGGCUGUUAG